AUGAUGGCCGGCGCUCAAGAGCAAGGGCUGAAGCUGCUGGGGGCGGCGUCCGGGGUGAGCCCGUACGUGAUCCGCGCCCAGAUGGUGCUCGGCAUCAAGGGGCUGACCUACGACUACCUCCCCGAGGACCCCCGGUGCAAGAGCGACCUGCUCCUCGCAUCCAAUCCCGUGCACAAGAAGCUGCCUGUCCUCAUCCAUGGCGGCAGGCCCGUCUGCGAGUCGCUGAUCAUCUUGGAGUACCUCGACGACGCCUUCCCCGAAAAUGGCGCCGCCAUCCUCCCUGCCGACCCCUACCGCCGUGUUGUCGCCCGUUUCUGGGCCGCCUACGUGGAUAACAAGCUGUUCCCUUCGUGCAUCGGCAUCCUCAAGACAGGAAAGCUGCAGGAAAGAGCCGACAAGGUGGAGGAGACCUUGUCAGCACUCGGGCUCCUAGAGGCCGCCCUGGCGGAAUGCUCCAAGGAAGGGGGCGCGGAGGCGCCGUUCUUUGGCGGUGGCUCUCCCGGGCUGCUUGACAUUGCACUCGGGUGCUAUCUUCCCUUCCUCAAGGCGCUGCUGAUCACUAUGGUUGACAAGCUGGAGGAGUACAUCACUACGGUGCUUUAUCAAAAAUGGAACAUCGCGGUCACCGGUAACUAA